UUGACGUAUAGAGUGGGAGUCGCGCGCCCUUACACUGACAGCAUCACUGUUAAAUUCCUGAUGUAUAACCGUAUGCUGCUAUCAUAAGUGAGCGGCCGUGUUUUACAAAAUCUAAUUUAUGAUGUACGGACGCGAGCCGUUUUAAAAUUAUAUCUCGAAAAAGCUAAUAUUGUUAUUUUUGUAUUGAAUAUGUAUUGAACUGCACCUGUCACGUCCGCUGUGGCUAAAUACACAAGAAGCUGCUUUUCAACAAAUUUGUACCAGUUUCCGCUCGUUCACACUAAGCCUUGCAUCACUUUCCCGCAUACAUCGCCAUCUUAUUCAGUAUAUUGCAUUGAACUACCAGUCAAACUAUAAGUACAUUCCUUUUAGUUUAGUUAGUACACGAGCACGUCCAUCCAUCUAACUCUGGAUAAUCAGAUAUGACAGCGCGCACGUAAUCUGCACGCAGACUGAACCUGAGCCGGUGGCGUGGAAGGGAAGCGCUAUAGAAAUUGACUGGGGAAAAACGCGUUUUGGCAGUUACAGAGGGCAGCUGGUGUGACGUUGCAAGAGAUUGAGCGAGCGCUAGAGGUUCCGAACACUAGGACUGGGCGCGCGACACCCGGGGGGUGGGGCAUACAAACGAAGAAGGUGACGCCCGACCGGGUCACUGAGUGAUUAUUCACACCACCCACUUUUCCUCCCCCGUGGCGCUUUUGUGGGCGUCUCUGGGCUGUAGCGUGUCCCGGAUAUUGUGUGUAGGGCCCCCCUUGGCACCUCCUCUUCCUCCGCCUCCCUUCUCCUCCGCCCAGCUCACCCGAACGCCCGCCCGGCACCGGCACUUGCAACAGGAAUAUGGCGCUGAAACGGAUUCACAAGUUCUUUUGUCAAUUUGCUCACUGUUAUGUGACCCAAACCCAGAUGACCCCCUAGUGCCAGAGAUUGCACGGAUCUACAAAACAGAUAGGGAAAAGUACAACAGAAUAGCCCGGGAAUGGACUCAGAAGUAUGCAAUGUGAUGCCACCUUCACGUCUGAAUAAACCUGCAUUAUAGCUGGAAUAAACUUUAAAUUACUGUUUUUCCCCUCCCUUUCAGACUUCAUCUACUUACCUUCCCCCCCUCUUAUAUAUAUAUAUAUAUAAAUAUUUUUUUUUUAUUUUUGUGCGCCCAAGAUUCAUAAUCUUUCUCAAAUGGAGCAUGUGUUAUACGUGGCCAACGUCUUCACUUUAACUUGGUUAUGAGACUAAACCCAUCUUUCAUGUUUCAAAGAAAUGGUGAAGACUAGCGCACUUAUUGGGGGAGGUGUUAGUUGGAAAAAUAAUGCUCAUUUAUCAACCUUUGGAUGCUGAUUUGAUAUAACAUCAUUAUUUGGUGAACCCUCUGCUAUCAGACAAUUGAAUGUUCAUGAUUUACUUUAAGCUCAUAACUAAUGUUUUGGGUGGAGAAUUGGUAUAAAAAUGUAUAGCAUCACCAGGACAGAAAAAUGUGUUGUAUUUUAUGCAUGUCAAAUAAACAUGGCUAAUGGAAAUUGGAAGGUGAAACCCCAUUGAAUACAGAGAGGCUCAAAACCAUUUGUAAUCAUUUAUUAGAGAUUUUUUUUUUUUUUUAAUAUAUAUAUAAUUUUGAGGCUCUGAGCUAUUAGUUAAUCUAUCUUCCAAAACACUGUUUAAUAUAGCACUGAAUAAAUGAUGCAACCGUCAUGGAUGACUGAUCAACUAAUAGCUCUUGGAUUUUUUUUUCAAUAAAGUUGCAUAAACCAAUUUGUUAGCUGCCUGACUGAAUCAGUUUGCAACAUUUUUCUUUGUAAAUUCAAGAAAUCUGUGUAUAUAAAGUUUGGAUUUUGCUCUGUUUAAUGUCCAAAUGAUGGUGUAAAAUAAUUAGAACUAAACAAUAUAUCCUAUGUUUUAUUUAGUUGUUCAGUGUAUGCAUUAUCGAACAACUGUGCCCUGUUAAGACAAAUUCCAGCUUUGAAUGUUGGGCAUGAGGGCUACAAACCGCCCCAGGUAAGGCUUUGGUACAGCUAAAAGACUGGGACAUUCAGAGUAUCUUAAGUCGAUUGAUGAUUUGAGUUCUGUCUUGGAUACAUUCAGCUGUUUAGCUCUUUCAUCUUCAGAGAGCAUCCAACACUGCUGCAAUGUGAAGCUGGCAUAUCAAAGUCUAAAAAGCUAAGCUCCCUUGGGAAUACCAAUUCCACACAACCAUAUCCUGCUUGUCUGCUUGGCACGUGGGAAGUUGCCGUGAGGCUUGUUUAAACUGAUACAAAAAAAAAAAAAAUUAUUUGUGGGAUGUUUAUUAGAUUGAAAGGAUUAUUUGCUCUGCUGUUUACAAAAUACGUAUUUUAGUGCAAACAAGUUUAAUCUAGGUGACUUAUCAUGAAUAAAAAAGCAGUACUGUUGUUUUUCAUUUCACAAUAAAAAUCCUGUGCCAUCUGUGCCA